CGGACGAUCACACUAUACGAACUACUGAUACUCCUGGGUUCAAACCAUUUACUGUGAAUGGGAAAUUCAAUUAACAGUAAAAUAGCGGAAUUCAAUGAGGGACCUGUUUUCCUUCUCGAAAGAUAAAUUAAAACGUCGAUCUGAUAUGUCUUCGCUCGGCAGUGGUAAAACAGUGUAAAGUUAUUUCCAAACUUGACGGACAUUAAAACUAUUUUAGCAUGUACUUUCGAAUGUACUCGAUGAAAGAGCAAAAGUUUUCUUGAAAUGGCAAUUUCGUGCCAAUAUCGAUAAAAAUAAUUUCACAUCCGCCAGAGAUUAUGAUUUGCAGCCAAUAUAAACAAACUACUGUCUUGGCUCGAAUCGAAACGCGCUUUACCAAACUCAUUACAGUACUUAAACUUUUUUUUAGCAAGAAUUUUGAAUGAAAUAAUCACUCCCGUGAGUUUGAGCAAAUGAACAGUAAAAGAUGGUAAAUAGCGAACGGGACCGUAUGUUCGCGAUCUUCUCCCGGCGAAAGAUAAAAUGACAACAUUAAAAAUAAAAAAUAUAAAUAACGAUUCUGAGUGUAAAAGCCAGUCUUCCCUUGUUUGGAAAACUCUGAACAGUCUUUCGUUAGUUUUCAUGUCUGUAAUUCUAUGAACUAAAAAACUGUUCCAAUCACCAGGAAAACGACUACUGGACCAGGAUAAAGACUUGCUCAAUGAAGCAAUAGAAAAAUGCUGAAACCUUCUGAAGACGGAAACUGAUAACAAAGCAAGCGAUUAGUAACUCUUGUCAUAGUAACUAGCUGGCGAGAAAUGGCGAACUCACCAAAAGAUGGAAACAACACGACCACUCAAGAAUUGUUCUGCCCAAUAACUCUUCACAGAAUGCAUCAAAGGGUAUUUAUUUUAACUUUUAAUAUUCCCCUCUCCAUCUCUGCAAUUCUGGGGAAUGUUCUCAUAAUUGUUGCUCUUCAAAGGGUGACGUCCAUCCAUCCGCCAUCAAAACUUCUCCUCGCUUGCCUCGCCAGCACAGAUCUCUGUGUGGGUCUUAUUACACAGCCUCUCUACAUUGCCUACAGAAUGUCUUCGGAAUACUCCAAACAUUGCCACUAUUUAAGAAUCUUAUUUAAUACCAUAGGUUCAAUCUUUUGUGGAGUAUCUUUGCUCACUCUGACUGCAAUAAGUGUAGACAGACUUCUGGCCCUGCUGUUGAGGCUAAGGUACAGACAGGCAGUAACUUUGAGAAGGGUGUGGCUUCUUGUCGCUGCUUUUUGGUUUUCUAGCACUGCUAUUGCACUGACAGUAAUUUACAGCUUUCGUAUUGCUGUAAUAUUUGUCUGCAUAGUGUUGUUAACGUGCAUAGUAACCUCAACCUUGUGUUACACGAAAAUUUAUCUUACACUUCGCCAUCAUCAAACUCAUGUGCAGGGCCAUGUUCAGCAAGGGCAACCAAGUGGAGAAGGAGUUACCCUGAAUAUAGCACGUUACAGAAAGACUGUGUCUACUGCAUUGUUAGUACAAGUUACACUACUGGCUUGUUAUCUUCCAUAUGCCAUAUCAGUGGGUGCAUUUGUUAACACUGGAUCGCAGACACUAUCUCUUAACUUUUCUUGGGCUGUAACGGUAACUCUGCUUUUGUUUAACUCAACUCUAAACCCAUUACUAUACUGCUGGAAGAUGAGGGAAGUGCGAAAAGCCGUCAUGGACACAAUGAAACAGGUUUGCUGCUCAUCCCAAGUUCAAAGGCAAUAAUGGAUAAAGUGAAAAGACAGCAACGUCACAGCACCGACACAAACAACGUCUCUUUGUUGAUUGAAAUAAAUUUGUAUCAAAAAGAGUAUAAAUCCCUUCUAAAAGGCGGCAAAAAAGCACUAGCUAAUGUACCAACAGUUAGGUCAAGAGUACAGUAAAAGAAAUGUGAGAGAAAACGUAGUGUAGUUAAUUUAUUACAUGAUUUCAGUUUCUGUGUAUACAAUUUGCAAUCUACUUGAUCGUUAUUUUCUACAUAAUUAAUUACUAUUCCUAAUAUAUAUUGUAAUAUUUGCAUUUGUAUCUGUGGUGUUUUGUGUCAACGAGAUAAUAACAAAAACAAUUCUUGUAAUGAAUCGAAUAAAAAAGAAACACCAGCUGCAAAGUGUUAUGUAAAUGAAGGGGGCAGGGGGAGGGGGUGUCCACUGAAGUUGUCAUUAAAACCAAACAAAGUGAAACCGAGGUAGUCACAGGUAGUGCGUGAUACUCAUACAAAGGAGAGUUCCAUUUCUAGAUGCGUGGAAUGGUUGACGCAAAACGCUCGAUUCUCAUGCAAGCAAAAUAGAAUUCCCAUAUAACACGGCGAGUUCUACCAUAGACAUCAUGCUGUAACUUCUUGAAAGCGCUCAGCAAGCUAAGUAAUUAAAUUCAAGAUCAGUAGUGUUUGUCUCAGCCCUCUAUUUCAUGAUGCACCUUCAAAGAAGAAAUAAACAUUUUUGGACAAAGCUGAGGUUUACUAACGAGAAAUGGAGAGAGUCUCGUCCCUAUUUCAUGUAGAGGGGAAAAAAAGAGCAGAAAAAAAUACCUAAAACAUGAACUUCCCAGCAUUUGGUCCGAACAGACGUUGCCACCUUUCGUAUCUUCUCCGAAAUUCGUGCACUAUAAAUUCAAACAACGCCCUGCUAAUGAUAACUUUGCUCAUUGCUCCUGACCUAGUUAUAUUUAAACUGUUUUGAUUUCAGACUUUUCUUACACUGGCAAAAACUACAGCAAAUCGAGCCCAAUAUAUCUCAGCAAUAAUCUGUUUAUAUUACAGAGAUAACAGCUGCCACAUGCAAGCGACAGGAAGAAAACGUUUUUUCAGAUCGAGGGCGAGAGAUUGAACCAUAAUGACGGUGUCAUUAAUAGCGAUCGCUGUAGCGGAUUUCAAUUGAGUGUCGUAAAACUAAAACCAAAGCAAGUACUCUUGGCCAAUCACAAAGGACACAGACAAUCCGUCAACUCAUGGUAUAUAGUAAAUCGUAGUAAAUUGUAGCUGACGCAAAGCGCGGGAAAACGCGUGCAAGCGAGUUACCGAUUGGUUUUGGUUUGCUUCUGAUUAUAUCAAAAAUUGGCGCGACUUUUUUGAGCCAAUCGUGUAGCGUAAUAACGCAAAAACAAUUACUUUUGGACACUCAGGUGAAAACUGCUCAAAAGAUGUCAAAGCUGUAAUUUCUUGUUUUCACAUUUACUUUGUUAAUUGCAACUAAAUGGAGGAAAAGGAAGCCGCGUCAAAGAACGGUUAAUGCAUUUUAUACAAUGUAACGUCACCUUCCAAUUUAUGCAAACAAAUGCUAAGAGGGGAAACUAUUAUAAAAACAAAUUCAAAAGGCCUUUUAUUAGGCGAUUGCCCAAAGCGAAGGGCUUUUUGACUACUUGAAUAAUCUGGAUGCAGCUCUAACCAACGUAUGAAAAAGUGACAACAAAAAAAAUCGGACAUAGGCUUCUUCAAUUGUCCCACUAAAGCCAAGAACAAGAAUUAGAAAGGCAAUGAAAGCGGAUAUUAAGGGACUAUUGAUUUGAGUACGAGUACGAGAAGGUUUGUGAACAUCAUCAACAUCGGGUGUUCCAAGCUAGAUGCUCAGGAAAUCAUCUUAGCUCAGAAAUCCUAGUGCUUACGUGUUUAGGAAAAUUUGAAAUGGUAUAGCCAUUUGUCAACCCUCAUUAAUGCGAAUUUCUUUCCUCUAAAACCUACUCUCUAAUCACCAGGAAAGAGAACAAAUACAAAAGAAGAGUAUUAAAACCUCGUACCAGGCCGUACGUGCACAUUUAAAAGAAAACUGAGAACAAAGUAAAGUAACUUUGACUUU